CUAGAACACCACACGAAAGAUGAGAGCACAGAUGACAUGGUCCGGCAUCCUCUGCCAAGCAAGUAUUGUAUUUCAAGAAGAUGCUUGAAGAAAUGCGCCAUGUUGGUAUUCGUCAGGACGCACAGAUUUAGGUAUUGAUUCAACGCGCCGCUUCCUUGCCUUUUUGCUACACAAAUGUCUUGGAACUCGACCUCAGAAUGAAACAUUUGCAUUGCCAAAAAACGAAAAUUUUCUAUUGUUUAGAAGCAAGGCGACGGAAAGGAAGCACCUGCACUGGCUCAGCUUAUUAGUCCUGAGCGUGAGCGAAAGAAUAAUAAAGCAGGCGUCUUGCAGCUCCAGAUGUUUCUUCGUCUGGGUUCGCCCCUUCAGAGGCUUUCAACAGAGGUGUUGCUUCAGUCUAUACUUCUCUUGGGUAUAGUACUCAUACUAAUUUGCAGAAGAACAGGGCCAGCGUCUUGGACCGUUGAUAUGAUUAACAGUUGCCCAUUUAUUCGGUAUUCCAAAUCGACAUCCAUCUUCUCCAGAGAUAUGUGCAUUGGUAUCGACUAUUCCGAAAAAAUGAAUUGCACACAGAAUGCGCUGUAUGUGCGGUUUAGUUGUGCUUGUCCGUCUCCACAUCCUACAAGCUGUAGCGCAAACAAGCACCUCGCCGCGCCGUAA